AUGGCUCGUCUUUUGCUCGCAGUCGUGCUGAUCGGUCUUCUGGCCACUCAAACGCCGUCAGUUGGCGCCGAUGUCGGUGACGCGGCGCACGCCGCCCAGCAGCACAUGAGCUGCGCCUUCAACGACUUCCUGUCCAGCCUACGAUCUUGGGCCGUGCUGCUGCGCUUCGCGGCAGCAAACCCCAACACCGUCGCCGAGCUGGCCAAGCAGGCGCCCGGCAACAUGGCCGACCUGAACCCCAUCAUCGCCAAGCCCGACCUCAAGGUCACCAUCUUUGCGCCCACCAACAAGGCGUUCCAGGCCGCGCUCCUCAAGCUGAAGCUCACCCCAAUCCAGCUGUAUGCUGACAAGACGGCCCUCACAAACAUCUUGAGCUACCAUGUCAUCGCCGACCAGGCCCUUAAGGCUGCUGACCUGAAGAAUGGCCAGGAGCUCACCACCGUCUCAAAGCAUAAGCUGACCGUCGCCGUCGAUAAGGUUGCCGGCACAACCAUCAAGGGGGCCACCGAGACAGCCAAGGUCAUCGCUGCUGACCUGUCGGCUGGACAGGCCGUCAUCCAUGUCGUGGACACGGUGCUGCUGCCACCCGUCAAGCCGAGCAAGUGA